AUGACCGGUAGAAAUACCUCGAGGGUUUUACAAGCGCCCGGUGGGACGCAAAGUUUCACGCUGGGGGAGGAAGAGGAGGAGGCGUAUCUCGGAGGGGCGUCCAGAUUAGCUGCCCAACCGUCUUUCCCAACUGUUUCGGGGAGACACAACGAAGAGGAAACGUCGAGCACGAUCGACCCGUCCGCGCUAAAAUCGAUGACUUUACCAGACCUGAGAAUACUUUGCCGAUACAAUAACAUUCAGCCCGCCGGGUGUAAAGAGACGCUGGUGGAAAGAUUGGAAGAGAUGAUCGCGCGCGGCGUGAGCGUACUGGCGGUCAAGACAAAGACCACCACGAGUAGUCUCGGACCGCCUUCCUCCUCGACGAAGAACAACACCAACACCGGGAAUAGUACUACCACGCUUAAUCGCGUGCCACUGAGCAACGAAAACAAUAACAACAAUAACUACGUGCGUUCGAAUUCGCAAAACGUUGGGAACUUUUUAACCGGAAGGAACUCCUCCAGAGUGUUAGCGCCGCCCGGCGGCGCUUCGAGUGGCAUUUUUUAG